UUCAGGGUAACAGCAGUGGGCGGAGCUCCUGUUAAAUCUCCAGCCGGGAGAGAUCACCUCACGCCAGAGAAAGAAAACAAGAGACUGCUCCAGAGAGCCCUGUCCUGUGAUCUAACGCAGCCGUUUGAAGAAACAUUGAGCCAGAUUAAAGAUUUAUUCUGCUGCAGCUCGUCAGUGCAGACGCCAAAGCAUGUCUUUUUGUCAGUUUGUUGGCGGUGAGAUCUACAAGGAUCAUUUCAAACCAGGUAUGUAUGUAUGCUCCAAGUGUAACCAUCCACUGUUCUCCAGUCGCUCCAAGUUCGCCCACUCGUCUCCCUGGCCUGCUUUUACCAACACCAUCAGAGAGGACAGCGUCACCAAGAUGAUGGAGACUCUCACCGCUUUCAAGGUUCUUUGUGGCAAGUGCGGCAACGGGCUGGGUCACGAGUUUGUGAAUGACGGCCCAGAAGAGGGAGUGUCACGUUUUUGAAUAUUCAGUCACUCGCUCAAGUUUGUCCCCAACAAAGGCAAGGAUAAGCAAUAAAGAGCGAGGUAGGACUUAUCACUCCAGCUGCUGUAUCUGCUGCUCAGUCCAGGACCAGUGAACAGGUCGGAGUCAAUUGGUGACGUGGACAGGGGAAAGUCCUGAGAAGGACAUCCUGUCCACUGAUGUAUCUCUGACCAGCCUGUGACACAGGGACAGGGCCAUACAUGUGCAAAUAUUCCUUUACAGAAAUGUCACAUUCCUUAAAUACCUCAUAUUUAAGUACUUAUUAACUCCAAGUUUUAAAUAAAUAUAUUUGCAGAUACAUCUUAUUUUAGCUAGAAAUGAAAUUUUUGAGUUAUAGAAAGAUGCAUAGUUUAAUGUUUUUGUUAAGCAACUACUCACCAGUCCUUUCUGACAUCUUAUUCACUACCUGUGUGAAUUUACGUUAUAGCUACUGAGUCAUUUACUCCACAGUAUUGAAACUAGUUGUGUCAGACUUUAACAAUACUAUCUAUGCAUUGAUGAAGUCCACAUUUCUAGUAAGUCUGCACAUUUGGUAUCUGUUUUCUAUGUUUAUUUUCAGACUAUACAAUAGCAAAGAAACUGUUAAGCAGCUGUAUGAAUCAGCUACAUUUUUCUUCCUACUUGUCAUGUACUGUAAGCUGGUUUACUUGAACAGAUUGAUUUCAUUUAUUGAGCUUUUUCGCCUGUGCAAAAGUAAUUCUUUUACGAAAUACUGUGUGCAUUUACAUUUCCUAAAUUUAACUUAAACAGUUUGAUUUAUCCUUCUUUGCUACAUUUUAUUAAUGCUUAUAUGAAGGAACUAACAAUAAAAAUAUAGUUUGAUAGAUUUUUUUCUUGUGCUUUAUUUAUGAAUUUUCAGACAGGCAAAGGAACCGAUGUUUCCUAGAUUGACCUCUAGAUGGAGUUAGACCCUGCUAGAUCACACUCACAUCCUCUACAGUAGUAUAGAAUCCUCAGUAUAGUCUGAUGUAUAAAAAAAUAUGUGAUACUCUGUCCUUGAAUAUGGUGCACUGUCUGCUGUCGUGUAGACACUUGCUUGAUAUGAGCACAGAGUGUAUGUGUUUGUUUUCUUCCAUUAAAUUUGUGUAUUUUGUUAA